AUGCCGCCGGCGAUGGCGGAGCAGGAUGGAAACGCCGCGACGCCCUCCGCGCUCGCUCUCUUCGCCUCCCGCCUCUCCUAUCGCAGGUUCGAGGACGAGGACCUCCGGGUGCUGGAGGCCGCGCUGUCCGCCGGCGCUGACGUCCCCGCGCUGCUCGCCACGCGCUCGGCGGCCCGGAGUCUGCUGCAAGCAAGCGCGGCGGAGGCGUUCGCGUUCACCGCGACGGGUUCAGUGCUGGAUGGUGGGACCAGCCUCGCCGUCGCCGACUUCUUCGCACGCGCCUUCGCGCUCGUAGCCGAUGUCGAGGAGUGGUUAACUUUCGCAAAGGAUUCUCUUGAUAAUGGCUUCUACACCAUUGCCUCCAAGGCUUUUGCAAAUGCUCUUGCGCACAUUCAUCCAAGCCACCCAGGGCACUUGGACUCUGCUAAUUCCAUUGAGGAGAAGGACAAGAUCAAUGAUAUAACAGGACUCCAGAACUUGGCCAAGUCAUUAUCUGCACAGCAUUCUGUUCAGACACAGUCUGCUGAAUACAUGAAAAGGAGAGGUUCAGGUGUUCACGAGAAGUACAAUUUGCAAUCAGGAAAACCAAAGUUAACAGGAAGUUCAAUGUUUAGGAUAGGGAUUAAAACAAGGAACAAAAAGAAAUUGCUUCGUAGCCAGGAAAGGAACUUGGGAGAUUUGAAGCAAUCUUAA